AUGGAGAUCGUCUACGUGUACACGCGGAAGCGCAGCGAGUUCGGCCGGCCCUGCAGCUUGCCGGCCAAGGUCAGCGUGGACAUCCCCCCCGACCCCAGCAUGGCCAGCGGCUUCGUCCUGAGGAACCCCGUGGACAGCUCCGUCCAGCACGCCAGCGACAUGUCGGAGCACGAGGUCAACACCGAGCGGGUGGAGGUGGAAUCCCGCGGUGUCAACCAUGUAGAGGGCGGCUGGCCCAAAGACAUCAACCCACAGGAGGUGGAACAAACCAUCCGCUUCAAGAAGAAAGCGGAGAAAGAUGAAAACUACAUCAACACCAUCACGCACCUCGGCACCCUGAUGGAGCACUGCGUCAAGCAGAACAAUGCCAUCAACAUCUAUGAGGAGUACUUUGGAGAGGAGGAGAUGGCAGAGGUGGAAGAUGAGGCCCCCUCUGCAAAAACCAUCAACGUCAUCAGGGAUCCAAAUGUAACCAAGAGGACGGCCACGCAUCUCUCCUGGCACCCCGACACAUGCAAGAAACUGGCAGUGGCUUAUUCCAGCCUGGAGUUCCAGCAAAACAUAAAAGACAUGAGCUUUGACUCGUACAUCUGGGAUCUUGAAAACCCCAACAAGCCGGAGCUCGUUCUCAAGCCGUCAUCCCCUCUCGUGAGCCUGGAAUACAACCCCAAAGAUUCGCACAUCCUGGUGGGAGGAUGCUACAAUGGGCAGAUGG